AUGGCUUCCGAGACAGAAGCUGCUCUUGCCGCGACUCUUUCCGAUUCCCCCACCAUAUUUGACAAGAUCAUAAGCAAAGAAAUUCCAUCCACUGUGGUUUAUGAGGAUGACAAGGUCUUAGCUUUUCGGGACGUGAACCCCCAGGGUCCUAUUCACAUCCUCCUCAUUCCAAAAGUAAGGGAUGGCUUAACUGGCCUCUCUAAGGCUGAGGAAAGGCACAUUGACAUCUUGGGCCGCCUUCUCUACACUGCCAAGCUUGUAGCGAAACAAGAAGGCCUAGAUGAGGGUUUCAGAAUUGUGAUCAACGAUGGUCCACAAGGCUGUCAAUCGGUGUAUCACAUUCAUGUUCAUCUCAUUGGUGGACGCCAAAUGAACUGGCCUCCUGGCUAA